UCAUAGCAGUCACUUUUUUCAAAUCACACUUCACAAUAUAUAAUUGCAAUCUCUUUAAAAAAAUUGUUGAAUAGAAACUUAAAAAUGUUUCUAAACAUUCAGGUAUGAGAAUGACACGCCUCGACGAGGACUGCGAUGACGGCUCGUUUGGCGAGGACCUCCUGGAGAGGCUGGAGCCGGGAGACCUCGAGAGACUGCGGGAGUGCUUCCUGGGCACGGCCCCCGCCGACCCGCACGGCGACGACGGCCAGAGCGGCCGGCCGCUCUCCAGGCAGGAGUUCCUGCACGCCAUCGACUCUGUGAUUGGCAGCUCGGCCUACUCGCUGCCGGCCUCCAGGCUCUUCACGGCCCUGGACGGGGGGCGGGGCGAGAUCCGCUGGGGGCAGUUCCUGGACCACGUGCUGGAGAGGGUGGGGCAGCAGGCGGGGGGAGCAGCCCGCUGCCAGCCCCUGGCCAAGGUCGCGCUGCUCGACCCUCCGCACUGCAAGAAAGAAGCUAUUGCAGCAGUAGUGCCGAUAGCGACGGAGUCGUCGUUCUGCUACGCUGUCAUCUCCAAGUUUGGAAGGACUGGCAUUUACAACGGCCAGCUUCAGCUUCUCGAUUCUUAUCAAGUGCCUCUCCGCGCGGACGGCGGCGAUGGCCGCUCGCGCGCCCGCCACGCCUGGGUGACGGGCGCGGCGCACCUCCCGGACGCGGCGUGCCUCGUGGUGGCCUGCUCGGACCGCAGCCUGCGCAGCUACGACUGCUCGGGGCUGAGCCACGCGGCGCUGUGCCACGUGGGCGGGCUGCCCGGCGUGCCGCUGUGCCUGGAGUACUGCCGCGGCCGCCCCUCCCUGCUGUUCGUGGGCGACGAGCGGGGCGACGUGACGCUGAUGCGCUUCCACCAGCCGCGCGCCUCGCUCUUCCGCAAGAAGCACCCCGACAAGCUGGACCGCUACUACUGGCAGGAGCUGCAUUCGCAGGGGGACUGGGUGACGGUGAGCGUGGACCGCAAGGUGCACGACGACGAGGUGUGGCGGAUCGCGUACUGCCCCGACAACGAGACCGUGGUGUCGUGCAGCCGGGACCCGGCUGCCUCCCUGGUGGUCCGCCACGUCGCCGGGCGCAAGCUGCCCUACAUCUUCCGGGUCGCGCGGGGUGUGCGGUGCUUCCACCUGGAGCGCGGGCUGCAGCUGCUGGCGACGGGCAGCGGGGACGGCGUGGUGCGCCUGUGGAACCCCGUGGUCACCCGGCGGCCCAGCGUCGCGCUGCACGGCCACGGGGACUCCGUCGAGGACGUGCUGGUCCUGAGCGAGGCACACCUCGUCGUCAGCUGCGCGGCCGACGGGGUGGUGAAGGUGUGGGACCCGGCGGACCAGUGCUGCCUCCAGACGCUGCCCCUGGACUUCCCCUCGCUGCAGGCGGGGGAGCGCGGGGCUCUCGGCCUGUGUCCCGCGCCGCGCCGGUGCCUGCUGGUGGCGUGCUGCCAACACCUGGCCGUGCUGCGCCAGGUGGGCCCGUGUGGCGGCACGCCUCCCCUGCUGCCCCCGCCCUCGCGCCAGCACCGGGCCGCCGUGCCCUCGCCGUGGAGGGCGGCCGAGGACCGCGUGGCCUCCACCCCUGACGGCACGCCGCGCGCCUCGCUGAGUGCGUCGGGGGAGCCCAGCGGGCGGGAGGAGGCCCCGUGCCCCCUGCCGGGCCCGGCCAGCUCCUUGCAGGGCCUGUACGCGCGACGCGCCAUGCACGAGCAGCGCCAGCAGGCCGCGCAGUACCUGGUGGAGCAGUGCGCCCCGCACCUCGCGCUCCAGCUGUGGGACCUGGAGGAGGUGCGCGUCCCCCGCGCGCCCCCGAGCGCCUUGCCGCCCGGCCCGGCCAGCCGCCGUUCCUCGCGCUCCUCGGGCAAGGCCCGCAAGUAGCUGCCCAGUCCUGUGCCAGAACCACCUCGUUCCCACUACUCACGUGUGCCAGAACCACCUCGUUCCCACUACUCACAUGUGCCAGAAUACCCUUAUUCCAACUACUGACCUCACUUUCUGUACCAAUUAGUUUUUCUGAAAAAAUGUCUUCUUAGUGUUUGUAUGCAUUUUGAAUUUACAGGUCAGUGACUGAAAAAUUAAAAUUAUAUUUAUUAGAUGCAUAUGGGUCCAUAUUUUGUAAAGCUGUCAUCAGUCAUCUUGUUUAGCGUUACUCAUUUGUACUUUCAUGUAUUUUUAAUAUAU